UCGGGGAAAAUUGUAACUGAAGAACUCUCUUUGGUUGAUAGUGAUACGUAUGCAAGACUUGAAAAUAAAAAUUAUGGAAUAUCAUUAGAAGAGGUAAUUAGUUUGUUUUUCAAUAAAAUAUUUGUAAAUAGUUUUUUGGAGAUAACAAAUCUCAAUUUAAGUAAAAUCAACUCAGAAAAAGAAGAGAUUUAUGAAAGAGAAUUUGAAGGAGGUUCCAAAAAUGUAUAA